GAGGCGGCGCGGCGGCGGGCGCGGGCCGAGGAGGAGCUGGCCAAGGUGCGGGCGCAGAUGGAGGAGCUGGCGCGGCUGAAGGAGCAGGUGGAGGAGGAGCAGAAGGCGCUGGCGCUGCGCGACCAGGACGAGGCGCGCAAGGUGCUGGCCGAGGGAGCCGAGAAGAUGAGGCGAGCGGCCGAGGAGGCGGCCCGGCUCGGCGUGGAGGCCCAGGAAGCCGCCCGCUUGCGGCGGUUGGCCGAGGACGACCUGGCCCGGCAACGGGAGCUGGCCGAGAGGAUGGUGCGCGAGAAGAUGCAGGCGGUGGAGGAGGCGGCCCGGCUGCGGGCCGAGGCCGAGGCGCUGCAGAAGCAGAAGGAGCUGGCGCAGGAGAGGGCCGAGCGGCUGCAGGAGGACCGAGAGCAGAUGCGGCAGCGCCUGGUGCAGGAGACCGAGGGUUUCCAGAGGAGCCUGGAGGCCGAGCGGAGGAGGCAGCUGGAGAUGGGAGCCGAGGCCGAGCGGCUGAAGCUGCGCGUGGCCGAGCUGAGCGCGGCGCAGGCCGAGGCGGAGGAGGAGGCCAAGCGCUUCCGCAGGCGGGCGGAGGAGAUCGGCGGCAAGCUGCACCAAACCGAGCUGGCCACGCAGGAGAAAGUGACGUUGGUGAGGACGCUGGAGAUGCAGAGGUUGCAGAGCGACCAGGACGCCGAGAAGCUGCGGGCGGCCAUCGCCGAGCUGGAGAAGGAGAAGGAGAAGCUGAAGAGAGAGGCCGAGCUGCUGCAGCUGAAGGCCGAGGAGAUGCAGGAGGCGCAGCAGGCGCAGCUGCUGCAGGAGACGCAGAGCCUGCAGGAAUCCUUCCUGAGCGAGAAAGACGAGCUGCUGCGACGCGAGAAGCUGAUCGAGGCCGAGAAAGCCAAACUGGAGCAGCUCUUCCAAGACGAGGUGGACAAAGCCCGGGGCCUGCGGGCCGAGCAGGAACGGCAGCAACGCGAGAUGGAGCAAGAGAAGCAACGGCUGCAAGCCGUGCUGCGCGACGCCCAGAAACGGCAGGAGGAGGCGGAGGAAAGCGCCCGGCAGAAGCAAGAGGAGCUGCGGCUGCUGGACGAGCAACGGAGGGAGCAGGAGAGGCUGCUGGAGGAGGAGAACCGCAAGCUGCGCGAGAAGCUGGAGCUGCUGCGGGAAGAGCAGCGGCGACGGAAGCUGCAGGAAGAGCAGCGCGCCGCCCCGGCGCCGCGCCGGGAGAUGAUGAUCCAGACGGACGCGCCGACGCGGGAGACGGCGGACGUCGCCGUGCCCAACGGACGCCACGCGCCGGACGGCCCCGAAGAGCAGAACGGGGAAGCCGAAUUCUCCUUGCGGGGCAUCCGGCACAAAGUUUCGGCGCGGCGGUUGGCGGCCGCCGGCGUGCUGAGCGAGCAGAGCUUGGGCGAGCUGGAGCGGGGAGAGCUCAGCGCCGAGGAGCUGGAGCGGCGCGACGACGUGCGGGUUUACCUGCGUGGUCGGAGCGCCGUGGCCGGCGUGCUGGCGCAGCCCGGCGAGAGGAAGAUGAGCGUCUACCAGGCCGCCAAGGAACGGCUGCUCAGCCCCGGCACCGCCCUGGCGCUGCUGGAAGCGCAGGCGGCCACGGGUUUCUUGCUGGACCCCGUGCGCGGCGCCCGGUUGUCGGUGAACGAAGCCGUGCGAGAGGGGCUGGUGGGGCCCGAGCUGCACCACAAGCUGCUGGCGGCCGAGCGCGCCGUCACCGGCUACAAGGAUCCUUACACCGGCGAUAAGAUCUCGCUCUUCCAAGCCAUGCAGAAGGAGCUGAUCCUGAAGGAGCACGGCUUGCGUUUGCUGGAAGCCCAGCUGGCCACCGGCGGCGUCGUCGACCCGGUGCACAGCCACCGGUUGCCCCUGGAGGCGGCUUACGAGCGCGGCUACCUGGACCGGGAGACGAACCGGGUCCUGGCGGAACCCGGCGACGACGCCAAGGGUUUCUUGGACCCCAACACGGAGGAGAACCUCGGCUACCUGCAGCUGAUGGAGCGCUGCGUCGAGGACCCGGAGACGGGGCUGCUCCUGCUGCCGCUGAGCGAGCGGGCGGGCGGCGAGCUGCCGUGCGGCCCCAAGGAAGCCGAGGACGUCUUCAAGAAGGCGACGGUGACGGCCCCGUUCGGCCGCUUCCAAGGGAAGACGGUCAGCAUCUGGGAGAUCAUCCACUCCGAGUACUUCAGCGAGGAGCAGAGGAGGGACCUGAUCCGGCAGUACCGCGCCGGCAAAGUGACGGUGGAGAAGAUCAUCAAGAUCGUCAUCACCGUGGUGGAGGAAGGCGAGAAGAAGAGGCAGCUGCUCUUCCAAGGCCUGCGGGCCCCGGUGCCCGCCGCCGAGCUGCUGGAGAGCCGCGUGCUGGACGAGGACGUGUACCAGCGGCUGCGGCGGGGGGAAGCGGCCGUCAGCGACGUGGCCGAGACGGAGCCGGUGCGGCGCUACCUGCGCGGCACCGACGUCAUCGCCGGGGUCCUGCUGGAAUCCAGCGGGGAGAAGCUGAGCUUCUACCAAGCCCAGAAGAGGAACCUGCUGCGGCCCGACGUGGCCCUGGCCCUGCUGGAAGCUCAGGCGGCCGCCGGCUUCGUGGUAGAACCGGGCAGCGAGCGGUUGUACACGGUGGACGAAGCGGUGAAAGCCGGCGUGGUGGGACCCGAGUUCCACGAGAAGCUGCUGUCGGCGGAGAAGGCCGUGACCGGCUACCGGGACCCCUACACCGGGCGCACCGUGCCCCUCUUCCAGGCGCUGAAGAAAGGGCUGAUCCCCGGCGAGAGCGGCGCGCGCCUGCUGGACGUGCAGCUGGCCACCGGCGGCGUGGUGGACCCGGAGCGCAGCCACCGCCUCCCGUUGGAGGUGGCCUACCGGCGCGGCUGCUUGGACCCCGAGACCAAGGAGACCCUGGCGGAGCUGAGAGCUUUCUACUGCCCCGAACGCCGGGAGCGCGUCGGCUACGGGCAGCUGCAGGAGAGCUGCCGGCGGGACGAGCGGAGCGGCUUCCUCCUGCUGCCGCUGUCGGAUUCCGCCAUCCGGGCGCAGCAGGAGGAGAUCUACACGGACGGGGAGGCCAAGGAGAGGCUGGAUAAGGCCACGGUGGAGGUGGCGGCCGGCGAGCUGCGCGGCCGCGCCGUGAGCGUGUGGGAGCUGCUGCACUCCGAGUACUUCAGCGAGGAGCGGCGGCGCGAGCUGCUGCGGCAGUACAAGACGGGCAAGGUGACGGUGGAGAAGAUCAUCAAGAUCGUCAUCACCAUCGUGGAGGAGGCGGAGAGCAAGAAGCGGGAGAAGCUGACUUUCGCCGGGCUGCGGGCGCCGGUGCCGGCCGGCGAGCUGGUGGAGGCGCGCAUCCUCAGCCCGGCGCAGUACCGGGAGCUGCAGGACGGCACCAGGUCGGUGAAGGACCUGGCGCAGACGGAGGAGGUGAAGCGCUUCUUGCACGGCGGCGGCUGCAUCGCCGGCGUCUACGUGGAGGCCAGCAAGGAGAAGCUGAGCAUCUACCAGGCCAUGAAGAGGAACCUGCUGCGGGCCAGCACCGCCGUGGUGCUGCUGGAAGCGCAGGCGGCCACGGGUUUCCUGCUGGACCCCGUCAGCAACCGCAAGCUGUACGUCAACGAGGCGGUGAAGGCCGGCGUGGUGGGGCCCGAGCUGCACGAGAAGCUGCUGUCGGCCGAGAAGGCCGUCACCGGCUACAAGGACCCCUACAGCGGGGAGAAGAUCUCGCUCUUCCAGGCCAUGCAGAAGGAGCUGAUCGUCAGGGAGCACGGCGUGCGCCUGCUGGAGGCCCAGAUCGCCACCGGCGGCAUCAUCGACCCGGUGCACAGCCACCGCCUGCCCGUGGAGGUGGCCUACCAGCGCGGCUACUUCGACGAGGAGAUGAACCGGGCCCUGUCGGACCCCGGCGACGACACCAAGGGCUUCUUCGACCCCAACACGCACGAGAACCUCACCUACCUGCAGCUGAAGGAGCGCUGCGUCGAGGACCCGGAGACGGGGCUGCUCCUGCUGCCGCUGCGCCAGCCCGAGAAGCCGACGGUGGUGGAGACGACGCGCUUGUACACGGAGGAGGAGACGCGGAAAGUGUUCGAGGAGACGCGGGUGGACAUCCCCGUGGGCAGCAGGGCCGGCUCCUCCAUGUCGCUGUGGGAGAUCAUGCAGUCGGACCUGCUGCCCGAGGAGCAGCGGCGGCAGCUGAUGGAGGAGUUCCAGGCGGGCCGCGUCUCCAAGGAGCGCAUGAUCAUCAUCAUCAUCGAGAUCAUCGAGCGGACCGAGAUCAUCCGGCAACAGAACCUGGCGUCCUACGACUACGUCCGGCGUCGCAUCACCGCCGAGGACCUGUACGAGGCCCGGGUCAUCUCCCAGGAGGUCUUCCAGCUGCUGAAGCAGGGCUCCAAGACCUUCCGCCAGCUCCUGGAGGACGAAGCCGUCCGCCGGUGCCUCUACGGCUCGGGCUGCGUCGCCGGCAUCUACGUGCCCUCCUCCAAGCAGACGCUGAGCGUCUACCAAGCCCUGAAGAAGGGGCUGAUCGGCGCCGAGGCGGCCCGCUGCCUGCUGGAAGCCCAGGCGGCCACCGGCUUCUUGGUGGACCCGAUCAAGAACGAGAUGCUGACGGCGGACGAGGCCGUCCGCAAGGGCCUGGUGGGACCCGAGCUCCACGACCGCCUGCUGUCCGCCGAGAGGGCCGUGACGGGCUACCGGGACCCUUACAGCGAGCAGAAGAUCUCCAUCUUCCAGGCCAUGAAGAAGGACCUGGUGCCGAGCGAGGAGGCCCUCAAGCUGCUGGACGCCCAGCUGGCCACCGGCGGCGUCGUCGACCCUCACCUGGGCUUCCACCUGCCCUUGGAGGUGGCCUGCCACCGCGGCUUCGUCGACAGGGAGACGUACGAGGCUCUGUCCGAGCCCUGCGAGGUGCGCGGCUACGUGGACCCGUCCACGGACGAGAAGCUGAGCUACACGCAGCUGCUGCGGCGCUGCCGCAAGGACGAGGGCAGCGGGCUGCUGCUGCUGCCCCUGGGCGACGGGCGGAAGCUCACCUUCCGCGGGCUGCGCAAGCAGAUCACCGUGGAGGAGCUGGUGCUGUCGCAGGUGAUGGACGAGGCCACGGCCCAGCGGCUGCACGAGGGGCUGACGUCGGUCGAGGAGGUCUCCAAGAACCUGCAGAAGUUCCUGGAAGGCACCAGCUGCAUCGCCGGAGUCUUCGUGGAUUCCACCAAGGAACGGCUCUCCGUCUACCAGGCCAUGAAGAAGGGCAUCAUCCGGCCCGGCACCGCCUUCGAGCUCCUGGAAGCGCAGGCGGCCACGGGUUACGUCGUCGACCCCAUCAAGGGCCUGAAGCUGACGGUGGAGGAGGCCGUGCGCAUGGGCAUCGUGGGGCCCGAGUUCAAGGACAAGCUGCUCUCCGCCGAACGCGCCGUCACCGGCUACCGGGACCCCUACACCGGGAAGCUCAUCUCCCUCUUCCAGGCCAUGAAGAAAGGGCUGAUCCUGAAGGACCACGGCGUGCGCCUGCUGGAGGCCCAGAUCGCCACCGGCGGCAUCAUCGACCCGGAGGAGAGCCACCGGCUGCCCGUGGAGGUGGCCUACCGGCGCGGGCUCUUCGACGAGGAGAUGAACGAGAUCCUGUCGGACCCCAGCGACGACACCAAGGGUUUCUUCGACCCCAACACGGAGGAGAACCUCACCUACCUGCAGCUGAUGGAGCGCUGCGUCACCGACCCGGAGACGGGGCUGCGCCUGCUGCCUCUGAAGGAGAAGAAGCGCGAGAGGAAGACCUCGUCCAAAUCGUCGGUCCGCAAGCGCCGGGUGGUGAUCGUCGACCCGGAGACGGGCAAGGAGAUGUCGGUGUACGAGGCGUACCGCAAGGGCCUCAUCGACCACCAGACCUACCUGGAGCUGUCGGAGCAGGAGUGCGAGUGGGAGGAGAUCACCACCUCGUCCUCGGACGGCGUCGUCAAGUCCAUGAUCAUCGACCGGCGCUCGGGCCGCCAAUACGACAUCGACGACGCCAUCGGCCGCGGCCUCAUCGACCAGUCGGCGCUGGACCAGUACCGCUCCGGCUCGCUCUCCAUCACCGAGUUCGCCGACAUGCUCUCCGGCAACAUGGGCGGCUUCCGCUCGCGCUCGUCUUCCGUCGGCUCCUCCGCCUCCUCCUCCUCCUUCGCCGCCAGCCCGGCCCCGACGAGGCCGCCGGGCACCGCUUGGACCGACCCCAGCGAAGAGACGGGGCCGGUGGCCGGCAUCCUGGACACCGACACGUUGGAGAAGGUGUCGGUCACCGAAGCCAUGCGUCGCAACCUGGUGGACAACAUCACCGGGCAGCGGCUGCUGGAAGCUCAGGCCUGCACCGGCGGCAUCAUUGACCCCGCCACGGGCGAGCGCUUCUCGGUGGCCGACGCGGUGAGCAAGGGGCUGGUGGACAAGAUCAUGGUGGACCGCAUCAGCCUGGCGCAGAAGGCCUACCACGGCUUCGAGGACCCGCGCACCAAGACCAAGAUGUCGGCGGCCCAGGCGCUGAAGAAGGGCUGGCUCUACUACGAAGCCGGGCAGCGCUUCCUGGAGGUGCAAUACCUGACCGGGGGCCUGAUCGAACCCGACGCCGACGGCCGCGUCUCCUUGGACGAGGCUCUGCAGAAGGGCACCAUCGACGCCCGCACGGCCCAGAAGCUGCGCGACGUCUCCACCUACUCGCGCUACCUCACCUGCCCCAAGACCAAGCUGAAGAUCUCCUACAAGGACGCCAUGGAUCGCAGCAUGAUCGAGGACGGCACCGGCCUGCGCCUUCUCGAGGCCUCGUCCCGCUCCACCAAGGGCUACUACAGCCCCUACAACGUCAGCGGAGCCGGCUCCGCCGCCGGCUCGCGCUCCGGCUCCCGCACCGGCUCGCGUUCCGGCUCCCGCCGCGGCAGCUUCGACGCUACCGGCUCCGGCUUUUCCAUGACCUUCUCGUCUUCCUCCUACACGUCCUCCAGCUUCGGGCGCCGAUACGCCGCUCCGCCCCACGGCGCCGUGGAGGCGGCCGCCCCGGCCUCGGUCCCGGUGCUGAGCGCGGCGUGAUGCCGACGCCGGCCCUCCCCCCGUCUCCCCCCAAUCGCCGGCCCGCUUCCCACUUAGGCCGUUUUUACACUAGAUAUAACCUUCCUUCCUUCCUUCCGAAGCAGUGCCUAAAAAAGUUUAACCAAAAAAAAAAAAAGA